AUUGUUACACUCGUAUUAAUCUCAAGAUUAGCUAUCAACGUUUAUUUUCUUUGUGAACGGCUAGUGUUCUCGCACGCUCUGCCAGAGUGUUUAACGGGCUUCAUGAAAAUACUUAUUUAAAGUAUGAAAGCCGGAUUUCGUUAGUUAUAAUAAAACAGGUUGCCUUUUGACAUUGCACGCCGUGACAUCAUAGUCAACUGAAUCCAACGUCAUGGCAAGCAACGAGGUCAGUGGGACGUCAACAUCAUCCAAUUCUAAGCCCAUGUCGUCGGAGAUAAAUAAAGCGUCGAAACAAGAAACAUUUGUGAUAGAGACGGACUCGAAGAUCAAGCGGGAACUGAAACGGAAGGAUAACAAGCAUAGUUUCCGGCCGUCAUACGGCGUCGUCGUCUUAAAAUGGUUGUCCACUUUCCUCCUGUGUUUACUGAUACUCGCCUUCGUGAUUUUUAGUAAGGUCGGGAUAGUAUCGAUAUCCCAACAAAUGUCACGCGAACUCGUUGAAGACGCGGCUGCUGUUAAGCGCACGCAGGGUGUUUUUGUCUCGCUGCAGAUUGCCACCGUCGUUCCUCACGUGUUCAGCUUCCUUCGAGGUAUCCUCAUGGGUGCGUUUAGAAAGGACAUCCCAUGGCCAACCCGACGGUCUCUUAUCUUGGGAGUGGUCCUGAGCAUAGUGGAGUCAGUAGGAACUACGCUGUUUGUGUUCUGCUUGCCGGGACUAACAGGGCCGGGAACCACUGUAUUACUUAUGAGUGGGGUCUUCUUGGCUCCCAUCCUCUACAACGUGGUACAUAGUUGGAUGGUUCCUCCGAAAUCAGCGGUGCCUCCGGAAUCGACAAAUCUGAAAUGGAUUACAAGAAUUCUCUUCAUCGUGGCCUUGCUCCUGGAGCUGGCAGGCUUGGCUUCUGCUGGUUAUACGUAUCAUAACCAUAAAACCGACCCGGGUAUGGACGCAAACGACGCCAAACGUUUUGGCUUCUUGGUUACUGCUCUUUUAUGUUUGUCAAUAUCCUGGAUACCGGGAAUCCAGAGCUUUCUGCUUAAAACCACAAAUGACGCCGUCGUGACGUCACAAGCGUCGAACAAGGAACCCACGCACGCAAAGGAGACGAAGGAUAAUAAUGCGCAGCCAGGAAGUGGGUCGGUGCCAAACAGCAAUCCGAGUCGCGAACGCAAACACACCUCAAAUGCUCCCGAGGCCCAGACAACUGCAGUCGGAACAAGUUCAUUACCCCCACCUACGUGGAAGCUGACUAUCGUCAUGUCCGCCGUUAAGACCGUGUGUAUAUUUGGAUGUUCCAUCCUAUUUUACGCGGAAGUGUUCCCCGGGAGGCCGGUAAAGGAUUGGGUGGACGGAUGGGGGCAUCUCGGCAGUCAGUUGACCACGACGGAUUGGGUAAUGUUCGCGGGGAACAUCGGCGGCAGUCUAUUUGGUUAUUUCACCGCCUACAUCGCAUGUACGACGUGCAUGCAGUGGUUCGGUAUCACAAUUCUACUCAAUUUGUCCAUCACACCACUCUCUUACGUCGCAUUUUACGUCAUGUGUACGAAAGACGUCUUAGGAGAAUCCACCUGCAAGAUGUACUACAACCCAUACUCCCUGAUCGCUCUGGUACUGCUCGUUGCCGCCCAGACUAUCUCCACCGGGUGCCUGUUUUUCCGGUCUCAGUUCCUGGUCAUGCUAAAAGAAGAUAAGUUGUUUUGGACGCCGAUGUACACCAGCGGCCUGCUGGAGCAGUGGCUGAUGUUGUCCAAGAAGACCGAGUACCACGACGAACAUCAUGAGGACCCCCUGCUAAAGGCGAGCCGGACCAAGGUCAUCAUAUGUACCACGAUGUACAGAGAGGCUGACUACGAAAUGAGGCAACUUCUUCAAUCUAUCAGCGGUAUCAAUCGCGCACAGACAGACGGUACGCGGCAUUUCGAGUCGCACAUAUUCUUCGAUGGUGCCGUGAAAAAAGUGAACCCGACGGAUUCUGUACUACAGCUCGUAUCUCUGGCGGAAGAAGAACUAGGCGUGAAGUCAGCCAACUGUAAGCGAAAGGGAACACCUUACGGAAUGUCUAUUGAAUGGGAACUGAUCAAUAACAAGGGCCAUCGGCUGUUGCUAAGGAUACACCUCAAGGACAACCAGAAGGUAAAGAACAAGAAGCGAUGGAGCCAGGUGAUGUACAUGUCAUACGUUCUGGAUUUCUUCCUGAAACAGGAGAACAAUUGCCGACAUGACGAGUGUUUCAUUCUCACCACUGACGCCGACGUUUGCUUUAAUGUUGACUCUGUGGAGGCGCUUUUAGACCUGAUGACACGUGACCCCAGUGUUGCGGUAUGCGCGCGCACUCAUCCCUUAGGGAGUGGCCCCAUCGUCUGGUACCAGUUGUUCGAGUACGCAAUUGGUCACUGGUUUCAAAAGGCAGCUGAGCACGUGGUUGGUUCGGUCCUUUGUUCCCCCGGAUGUUUCAGCGUGUACCGCUGCAGCGCUAUCCGUGACAUUCUACCCGAGUACGCCACGAACGUGGAACACGCGUUUGACUUCCUUACCAAGGACAUGGGGGAGGAUCGCUGGCUAUGCACACUCAUGGUACAGAGCGGAUGGCGAAUCGAGUACUGCGCAGCCGCCGAAAAUAGUACCUACUGCCCAGAAGACUUUGACGAGUUCUUUAAACAGCGUCGCCGUUGGGUUGUAUCUACAUUGGCCAACCUAGCUCUGUUGGUGAAAGAGUGGAGCACAAUCUCCAGGCUUAAUCACCGUGUUUCCGUCGUGUUUUUGCUGUACCAAGUUGUGCAUCUGUUCGCCACCCUGAUUGGUCCCAGCUCAAUUAUUCUCGUGGUCACAGGUGGUCUGACGUAUGCAUGGUCUAUCAACCCGACGAUUUCUGUGAUACUACAGGUUGUCGUGAUGGUGCUCUUCGCCUUGGUGUGUUUAACGAGCUCGUCGAAAACUCAGCUCAAUGCGGCGAAAUUUUUAUCGGUUCUAUACACGAUCGUUAUGGCGGCGGUCAUGGUGGGAACCGCUGUAGAGGUUGCUAAAGAGAUGUCAAAGACAGAUGAUGCACCAUUUAUCGACCCAUCAUUCCCUAUUUCAACCACCACGCUGUACCUGGCCAUCGUGGUGGGAAUAUUCUUGUUGACGGGCAUGAUGCAUCCGAGCGAGUUCUAUUGCCUCCUGCACGGUUUCUGGUUCUUUCUCUGCAUUCCCGCCGGCUAUCUGAUUCUCAUGAUAUACAGCAUCUGCAACAUCACCGACCAAUCUUGGGGAACGCGUGAGGUGAAAGAUUCCUCUGUGCGCGUUAUGCCCAAGAACUCGCAGGAUCGACUGAUUGCAGUGUUCAAGAAGGUGUUCUUCUGCUGUUUCACCAAAAUGGAGACGAGAUUGAUAGAGAGCCAAACGGAAGCGGGAACUCGUAGGUCGAUGCGCCUUGACUCCGUGAGCGAGUCGCUGGUACCCACCGCCGACACUAAAACUGCCAGUAGUUCAAUUCGACGCAUGUCGUACGUAAACGAAGCAUUCGACGCGGUCGAUGAUGAACAUGUUGGAUUCUCUAAUACGGAAGAGGAUGACGAACAGUUUUUCGAUUGGAAAGGUGUACCAGUUGAACAAUGGCUUGGACGUGAUUUUAAAGCAUAUGACAGCGUGGUUAAAAAGUUCAAAGACAACGGAUUUGAAAACACUACCUUCAUCAGCAAAAUGACAGAGACAGAACUAAAAGAUAUCGGUAUCAAAAGUACGGGACAAAAACACUUCUUGAUGGAGAAGAUCAAGAAACUACCAGAUUUCGAAGUGGUGGUGACAGUUCCGAAAGACGUUAACAGUUGGUUAAAUACAAUUGGUCUAUUAAUGUACAAGGAUAACUUCAAACAAGAGCAGAUCACCUCUUCCAAGGACAUGGAGGUAUUGAAAACCUUCACUCGAUCCAAAAUUGAACUAGAGCUGAAAAUAACCAAAAUAGGUCACAUCAAACGGUUGAUGCACGCUAUUGCAAAACUGCGGAACCCAAUCCGAUGAACGGAAGAUCUUUGAGGUACGAAAGGAGCUGGAUAAGUCUAAAUUGGAAAAAAUGCGUGAAAGCAACCAGGAAGAGCACGAUUUUUGGGACAAAUUACUGAACUUGCGUCUUGUGCCUCAGUCCACUGCAUAUGGUCUAGAGGAGGAUCUUAAAAAAGACUUAGCAGAAUUGCGCAAUAAAUGGAUCGCCAUUUUUGCCGUGUGCAAUGCCAUUUGGAUGGUCUUGAUUUACUCCCUUGCCACUAAGGGGAAGCUACUCAGUGUCGCAAAUAGUAAUCCAGUCGGUCUGGUGGUACUUGUGAUAUUUAGCUUUGUGCUUUUUAUCCAGUUUAUCGCCAUGAUCAUUCACCGCCUCACGACCGCCACCCACUUUCUAGCACGCGCCCCCUACCUAUUUGGUGACAAAUACAAUGCCGCGUAUGCGCUGAAUGACCGUGAUAUCGCCGAUAAAAAUAGGCCAAUUUCGCACCUGGAAAGUAAACAAAAAACAUCCAGGAUCUUCGGUCUACAUGUAACAAUGUCGUCAAACAAGAAGUGCAAAAACCGCUGCUGUCGCGGGAAAACGCCUAAGAGCAUCCGAAAUUCGUAUACGACUACAUCGCAGCUGCUUUGUUUUUUUGCGUUUAUAUAAUCACUGCAAGAACAGAUUUAUAAAUGUUUUAAAGGCAAAAAGAUUCAAGUCUAUUUGAAAGACUAUACAAUGUAUACAUACAUGUUUAUGACUAUACAUGUUUAUAAACAUGUUCUGACACACUGAUGAAAUUAUACGAUGACUAUACUAAAACUCUCGGGAAAAGACUGCAAAAUAUUGUUUAUCCAUUUGAUGAUGAAUUUACUAUUAAAACGUUCGUAUUUUG